AUGCCCGUUUCGUGUGCUGCAUAUGGAUGCACAAACAUGUAUCAAGUUGAAUAUAAUAUAAGUUUCUUUCGAUUUCCCGUUUCUAAUAACGAUUUGAUGUCAAAAUGGGUAAGUGCUAUAAAGAGAAAAAAUUUUAAAUUAAGUCAAUGGAGUCGAAUAUGUAGUAUUCAUUUUACUGAACAAGACUUUCAAGUGAGACCAGAAGCACAUAGAUUACUGUUAAAAGACGAUGCAGUUCCAUCAAUAUUUCCAUCAUUUCCAUCCUACCUUCAAAAAUCAAAUAAAAUUCCUAGGAAAACCCCAACACUAAGGAACACUUGUAAUGAAGAUAUAACUGUUGAUAAUUUAGAAGACAAUAUCAAUCAAUGUGACAAUAUGAAUUUAAGUAGUAAUUUUAAAAGUAUGGAAGUACAAACUGAAACCUCUUAUUCAAAUGAAGAAAUGUUUAAAAAUAAAAUUAAAAUUCUGCAACAAAUACUACGAAGGAAAAAUAAAAAAAUUGAAAAUUUGGAUGAUUUAGUAAAAAGUUUAAAAAAUGAUUGACACAUUAACUCUGAACAGCAACAUGUAAUUUUAAACAACUUUAAUGUUCAAUAUUAAGUUUACCACACCCAAGAUCUAUUAGUAGUUGGAUAUCAUC